UUGCAGUUGCAAAAAGAAAAGAAUGCUUCUGAACAUCUUCUAAGGAAAGUUGAAUUGGCUGAAAGUGAAACAUUUCAACGCAAAAAAGAAACUGAAGCCAAAGAAGUUGAAAGAAUUGAUGCACACCAGCAAUGUAAAAAAAUGUUGUCUAUGGUUGAAGAUAGGGAUAGUAAAAUUCGCCGUAUGGAAGAGCUAAUUGAAAGACAUCGAGAUGAAGUGGGACAUAUGCAAAUUGAGAUCAAUAUGCUUGCUGAACAAAAGAGGAUGGUUGAACAAAAAUUGACAGAAACUGAACAAGAAGUCAAACGGUUAAAGUCAGACAGUAUUCACUUUGAAACUAGUCAUUUCCACGAAGUUCAAAAAUACAAACAGAAGAUUUUAGCAUUGCAAGAAGCUAUACAAUCGCCACAACUAUUUUCCGAUUCCAUUAGUCCAGUUGCUAUCAGUUCCAUGAAUGCAUCGGGUAAUUCGUCUUCCGACAGAGAUUACAGCAACACAUUGCUGUACCGUAUUAAUCCUUCAGCAAAAAAAACUGUUCCCGUACUCUGGGGCGAUAAUAAUAAUGAAUCUUCUGAGAAUCGCAUGCGAUCAAAAUCUCAUGGUCGAACAAUGUUACCUGGAUAUUUGCUUGCAAAAGAAAAGCCACUUGUAGAUACAGACCGUCGCCGAAGCAGAAGUGGUGCUUUAUACUAUUCCUCAGGUGGAUCAAAUGAGGAUUUUUCUCCACCUCCGGAGAUGGCACUUCUUCCCGGUGUUCCUCCUCCGCCUAGCGUCACAGUUAAAAGACCUACUGUUAUAUCCAGGCCAAUAGGUCAGUGUCAUUAA